AGCACUGGUCGAUUUUGACAGCGCCGCGUGGAAUGUGGAUAGCAAGUGGAACCUAAUCGGACGCAUGUUGUGUUGUGUACAAAAAGAAACGUCAAACUAAAGUCGAGCGAACCAAAACUAAACGGCCAAGAAAUAAGCAAACCCACUAUAAAACGGAAAGGAUAAGGCACAGGAAAUACGAUUGCUUACCAGAGAGAGCGGCGGACCCGUAGCGAACCGCUCCCCCAAAUAGCGGCUGUCCCAAAAAAUCGCCCACAAGAGAAUCCACCAAAAACCCAUUUGCCCACUCACACACACACACACACGCGCAGCCAAGGAGCAAAAGAAGAAUUGCGCCAGAAGAAGCAGCAGCAUAAAGAAUCUAGUAGUGCAAACACCCGGAUCCACAGGUACUCGUUCCAGAGAUUGGAACAGCGCCACAGGAACAGCCAAGCAGUCAGCAGAAGAUCACCAGUAUCAGCUACCAGUUAGCAUCAUAAUUGCCAGGAUGAGCAUGGAGAAAGUAGCCAACAAGCAGUACGAGACGAAAAACUGGCCAGAUAUCGUCGACAGCGACGACAGCGAUGUGGAUAACGAGAUAGAUGUGGACAACCUGCCGCCACUGGAGGUGGGUCCCGGCGAGAACCGGCUGCAGCACACAUACUGCCUCUGGUUCUCUCGCAAGGAGACGCAGCGGGCGGCCGCCGACUACAGCAAGUCGCUGCACAUGGUCGGCCGGUGCGCCAGCGUGCAGCAGUGGUGGUCGCUCUACUCGCACCUCAUCCGGCCCACAGCCCUGAAGCCCUACCGGGAGCUCCUCCUCUUCAAGCAGGGUAUCGUGCCGAUGUGGGAGGACCCGGCGAACAGCAAGGGCGGACAAUGGUUGAUACGGCUGCGCAAGAACAAGGUCGACCGGGCCUGGGAGAACGUUUGUAUGGCGAUGCUCGGGGAGCAGUUCCUCGUCGGCGACGAGAUAUGCGGAGUCGUGCUACAGACGAAAUAUCCGAUAAAAACCGAACACAGCCGGCCAAUGCAUACAAAUGAGCGAAGGAGUCCUGGAGUCACGUAGCCACCAGGACGCACCUCAUCCCUUGGAGCGGCGGCGAAGCGGUGGCUCUAAUUAAGACAGGCCUGUCCUGGUCUGGGCCAAAAUUAAUGGAUCCCACGAGCGGCGGAGGAGCAUUUUCGGUGUUCACACAAAUUAAAUUCCAUCAAGUUUAUUUGCUGUAAAUGAGGCAGUGGCACAAAAGGAGUGGAAGUGCCGGGCCUAAUUUAAUUUGCCCACCCUUAACCCGUUGUGCCCCCAACACGUGUUGCCAUGUAACAACCAUUUGCCACUUAGAAGCGAAACAAUAGGCCUAUAGACAACUACACUUGGACACCCAGAUGCUAAAUCAGAUCGUUAGGUUUAUAUUCGUUGAAUUUUCCAUGUAAAUAGUCAUUAUAAUUAUUAUUGUGGUCUACGCUGGAUUAAAAUUCAGCGGUUAUCCCAGGAAAACCGAAAGUUGUAAACAUAAAUCUAAUAUUUAUUACGAAACUUCAUAUGUGUGCAUCUUGCAAAUGCUAUGAUUGUAAAAUUAAAAACGAAAUACAAAGCAAAGAGACGAAAGAGCAGAGGGCAAAUCUAUUAAUUAGUAAUUAUUAUAAUGUGAUGUUAUAUAUAUAAAUGAAUCUUUAACAAGAAACCUAAAGCAAGUAAAGCAGAAAAAUGAAAAAUAUACAAAACUGUUAACCAACGUAACAAAUUUCACUAAGUAGAUUUUUCGAAUUAAAUUUAAAUUAUAAUAAAUACAAAUUAUAGCAAGAAAAGCGGAUAAAAAACAAAAGAACUUUGCUGUAAACACGAUAUAAAACUGCGUUUUUCUACUAAAAAUGAAUAUGUAAAAUGAUUUUUCAAACUUAGAAUACCUACCCCAUAUUCCUAAUUAUAUAAAAACCAAUUAUACAUAUAUAAAUUACAAAUUCUAUGUAAAUGUUGUGCGUAUAUAAAGCAAAGCGUAGAAUCCCACAUUCAAAAUCUUUCAGUUAUUUAUUAUGUGUGUGCUAUAUCUUCUCUAUGUAUACAUAAAAAGAGCGCUUGGCUUCGACUAGCUAACAUUUUGGGCCUUAAACCAACCUACUCAAGCCGGGGCCUUGGUGUUCUUCUUAUUACCCAGCAUUCUUCAGAUCGAUAUAUCUAUAUACCCCUGGGGAGGGGAGCAACCCACACACUACUCGUUAUUCUAUAUCUACGUGAAUGUGUUCGUUUCUAAACUUGUAAAAAAGCACGCACCCCUCCCGCUCAGACACGAAAUGUUUGUAAAAUAUUGAAUGAGAGAAAACGAUGGAAAAUACGAAAUUAACCUAUAAUAUUAAUACGAUUUUCGAGAGUAAAGGAAGAAAACAUUUUAGUUUUUCUACUUGAAUCGCAUUUCUUCCACUUUUCACCAAUCAAAUCAAAUUUACAUGAAAAAAAAACGAUACGAAGAAUUGAAUUUUGAGUCUCUUCAAUCCUCAAGCUCAAAACCCAAACAAAAUAAAUACAAACUUAAAAAUAAUGAAGUUUCUAGGUUCUAUUAUUUAGUUGUCUUGUUAUUUAUAUGUUUAGCUUUAGUUCUUGUCUAAUUUAUUUAUAAGUUUUGGCUCCGCAAUAAAUACAGACAAUUAUAUAUAUUUUUCUAUAAUUUGUUUCAUUUUAUCAUUUAUUGAUUGUGAACGAAAAAGGAAAAAAAAUUAACUUAGAAAAUAAUAACAAAUGAAAUGCUAAAUUUAAGCGCAAAAGUUCAAUUAAUAAAAAUUAGAAUUUUAAUAUUAACAUAAUUUGGACUAUUUAUAUAUACAUACGCAUAUAUAUACAACUCUAUAUAUGAAUAAUUAGUAACAAAUCAAAUCAAUUUCCAUAACAACCGCCAGAAAAAAAACCAAAAAAAAUAUAUAUAUAUUCUUAGUGACGAGUGCAACAAAAAUCACUCGUGCAAUUGUACUUUAAAAUUGAAUAAAAUUCAAAAAAGAAAAAAAUUAACAGUGGAGGUGGAAAAGGAACGAAUGGAAUGGAAUAGAGCGUUACGUGCAACUCUGUUUUGCGUAGGGUUGCCAACGCCAACUUGCAGGCAGCCUUCAGAAGAGGCCAGCAAUAGUCGAAACACAAGCAGACGCACUCACACACAUGGCUUGAGAUCAGGAGAGCGAAAGGGACAGAUAAAAAGCAGUGGCUUCAGCGCGAUGUUGAAUUGAUAGAUUGAUGAUUAUUUUUGGUGGAUGUGUCGUGCAUUGGGAGCAGCAAUUGCAACAAUAAUUCCAGGCAUAUCGAAGCAUUUUUACUCAGCACUCAGACGACAGCAAUCAGCGAAAUCGGCAACCAAAACUGAUGGCAAUAACAAGCAAAAGAAAACCAAUUCGGGAUCAGAGAGCGAAGACAAACAGGAUGAUGGAGAAACCACACACAGAGACACAAACAUACACACACGAACACCAUCACAAUAAAGGACGAACGCAUACAAGUAAAUACUUAACGGGAUUCACAUAUGUAUAUUCAAGAAGCAAUAAUGAAAGUAUAUUUCCAAGUAUGAUAAAACAACCAAGAAAGUCGAGAACUAACAUGAAUAAAUAUUUAUACAUAUAUUUUAAUUAUAGUUACAAAUUAGCAUAUAUAUAAAUUAUACAUACAUACAAACAUAUAUACCGAAGAUAGUCCAAAUAAUUUAGCAAAGAAUGAAACCAAACGAAGUAAAGUUUAAUAUUUACAAAAUAUUAAAAUAUCAAUGUGCAAUUUAACAAGCGUUUAAAACACCACACUGACACAGCCACACAAAAGUAAUGCUACACCUAUAUAUACACACAUAUGUAAACCGAUUAUAAACAUUAUAUAUGCGUAUAUAUAAACAAAGUCGAUACGAACUAACGAUCCAUUUAAGAACAAGAGAGAAGGCGAGCGACGAACUUAGUGGCGUAAAACAAAUUAGUUUUGUGUGCGCACACGAACACCACAGUAAACCCUACUUAAAAGGAAAUCAAAAUUCAACUAACAAAACCACACGAAACCAAGCCGCGCUAAAUGCUACAAAAAGCGGUUCAAGUCAAGUUUUUGAGCAAAUACUCAUAAUUGUUAAAAAUGUUUAAAUAAUAUAAUAACAAAAG